AUGGAUCACAGAUUGCUCGAGGCAGCGACGUCCGGCAAUCUCGCCAUCCUUAAUCUUUUUCUGAGGGAAAGCCCCGAUAUCCUUCUUGGCAAAACUCCUUUCAAUAACACAGCGCUUCACAUUGCGGUGAUGUUUGGGCACGAGCAAUUCGCAAGAGAGCUCUCUUCAAGGAGCCCAUCCCUCCUGUCGGCAAGAAACUCAAACAGAGAGACUCCAUUGCAGAUCGGUGUUACGGCUGGUCGUCACUCUAUAGCCACCUAUUUUAUUGAGAUUGCAUCCCAGUUGCCUCAUCGUUGCGAUAAUAUAGGAGGAGGCUACCCUCUAAAACAGAUGAGGAUGGCAACUGAUUACGAAGGUAACACUGCUCUGCACGAGGCCUUGCUGCACGGCCACAGCAGCCUAGCGUUGAAGCUGCUGCAGGCAGUGCCCCGGCAGUCAGAAUUCUUCAACGCCCACCCUGAGUCGCCAAUGUACAUUGCAGCCUUUAGAGGCUUAGCUGACGCUGUAACAGAAUUGGUGCGAAUUCCUUCGUCUAAUCAUAAAGGACCCAGUGGCAGCACUGCUCUGCAUGCUGCUACUAUUUCCGAGCGUUCAGGCAUAGUGGAAACAUGGUUGAGAUUAAGGCCGGAGCUCGCCGGAGCUGAGGACCACCAUGGGACUGUCGCAUUCAUUCACGCAGUAGUGGGCAAUAAACUGGAGAUGGUGCAGUUGUUUCUAAAGUUUGAUCCCUCUGUAGCAUACCUCGUGAAUAAUGGCGGCUCGGCGUUUCAUUAUGCUGCAAGGCUAGGCCAUCUCCGCAUAGCCGAAGAGCUCAUUCGCCGGUGCCCAGACUCUGCUUUUGUAGUUGAUUGCGACGGCCGGAAUGCACUUCAUGUGGCAAUAGUUGAAGAGCAGGUGGAUUUUGUUAGGUACAUCCUAAAGACACCUGCGCUUCAUGGAUUGCUCAACCAGCCAGAUAGAAACAAGGACACUCCCCUGCAUUUGGCUGCGGAGCGUUGCAAUCCUGAAAUACUUCGAGCUAUGUGGGCUCAUGAAAGUGUGGACCGUGCGGCCUUGAGUGGCAACCGGAGUGCUCUCGACACGUUCUUUCGUGAAGUGGAACCUGCCAAGACUUUGAAAUGG